AUGUUCAAGCAACUUUUCCUCCAACGGUUGCCUCCUUCUGCGCAAGCCAUCCUGGCGCCCAACAUUCCUUCAUCGACUGUUCAGAUGCUCGCGGAGACUGCUGACCGUAUACUCGAGUACUACCAGCCUCCUGUUACGGUUAACGUCGCUAGUCGAAGCACAACUGCCCCCACAAUCGAGGAUGUCGUCAAACGCCUAGAUGCCCUCACUCUCGAAGUUUCCCAGCUCCGGGCCACUCGUGUCUAUAACCCUCGUAGUCCUGCAAUUUCUCGCCGCUGAGAUCUCUCACUCCAAACAAACCUACAGUUGAUGGUUUCUGUUUGUAUCAGCACAAUUAUGGUUCUAACGCCCAUCGCUGCCACUCUCCGUGCAAAUAUAAAACACCCGCGUCGGAAAACUCCCCUGCCGGCCAGUAAGGGCGACGAACGUGGUCGGCACAUCCUCUCCCAGUCGCUUACUCCACAUCUAUGACAGAACUUCCUGUCGUAAUUUUCUCGCGGAUACUGGUGCGGAGAUCAGUCUAAUCCCACCCACCUUGACUGACCGUAAGUAACAUAAUUCUUCAUUUUUCCUCCAAGCAGCUAACAAUACUUCUAUUAAAACUUUUGGUCAACGAUCCCUAACACUAGAUUUGAGUCUAAGACGUUCAUUUCGUUGGCUAUUUGCUAUCGCUGUUGUCCAUACUGCCAUUCUUGGCGCAGAUUUUAUAUCCUUUUUCGGUCUCCUCGUUGACAUUAAGUCCCAUAAGUUAUUUGAUCCUAAAAAUUUUUACAUUGUAAUUGUUCCACUCGUACCCUUUCAUCACCUUAUCCACGCAUUUCCACAAUCCCUUCGUCUACUCCCUCUCAUCGUUUACUUUCGGAAUUUCCAUCUAUCACACGACCUUCACAAUUUAACCAACCUAUCAAGCAUUCUGUUGUCUAUUAUAUUUCAACUACUGGACCACCCGUGUUUAGCCAUCCCCGUAGUUUAGCCGCUGAUAAAUUAGCCAUAACCAAGGCUGAAUUCAGUCACAUGAUGGAGCUAGGUAUAGUUAGGCCUUCCACUAGUCCAUGGGCUGCACCUCUACAUAUGGGUUGCAAAUUGUCUCUCGUUGACUGGCGCCCAUGCGGGGAUUACCGACGGUUUAACACCUCCACAGUGCCCGACAGGUACCCACUUCCCCAUCACCACGACUUUUUAUCUAGCCUAGCUGGAGCGACAACAUUUGCCAACAUUAACUUGGUCAAAGCCUUCCAUCAGAUACCCGUUGCUCCGGAAGACAUUGUCAAAACGGCGAUUACAACACCGUUCGGUCUGUUCGAGUUUGUCAGGAUGCCUUUUGGGCUUCGCAACUCCGCCCAAACUUUUCAACGUUUCAUCAACGAAGCCCUCCGCGAUCUACCUUUCGUUUUUGUCUACGUCGACGAUGGCCUGGUAGCAAGUUCUAGUGAACACGAGCACCUACAACAUUUGCGUCUCAUUUUUAAACGAUUGAGCCAAUCUGGCGAUUUAAUUAAUGUUUCUAAAUGCGUUUUUGGCGCACAGUCGCUGUUUUUCCUAGGACAUCGCGUAGAUGCUUCUGGUUGUCAUCCCAUAGAUGCCAAAGUUUCAGCUAUUCGCGAUUUCCCUACUCCCACUUCUUUUCAACAACUGCGCCGUUUUAUAGGCCUUGUCAAUUUCUAUCGACGUUUCAUCCUUCCUGUGCUCAAUUAAUGCUACCACUUACUAAUCUUUUACGUUGGAACAACCGUGAGUUUUCUUUUCUUGACACAGCUGUAGAGGCUUUCCAUCGUGCGAGGAAGGCUCUUACGGAUACAACUGUCCUUGUUCACCCUAUACCUGAUGCCCCACUUUUCAUCGUGGCCGACGCCUCUAAUUUCGCUAUAGGUGCUGCCCUUCAGCAACAGACGCCCACUGGCACCCAACACUUGGCUUUCUACUCCGCCAAAUGGACACCCCCAAAAACUCGCUACAGCACUUUUGGUAGAGAACUACUUGCAAUUUAUUUAGCCAUUAACCAUUUUCGUAAUUAUUUUGAGGGCCGAGAUUUUUGUAUUUAUACUGACCACAAGCCUCUUACUUAUGCCCUUUCUACUUCUUCUGAAAAGUAUUCACCCCGCGAGGCCCGCCAUCUCGAUUUUAUUUCUCAGUAUACCACCGAAAUUCGAUUUCUUUAAGGUCUUUAUAAUCAAGUUGCUGACUGUCUUUAUCGGCCUGGCAGUAAUGCCAUCACCCGCCCUUCCAUCGAUUUGGAGCGCAUGGCAGAACUGCAAUAUCAGCCGACUUUCAGUGAGAGCCUUCAACACACUAGUCUUCAACUCGAAGCCAUUCCUCUUUCCACCACCCCCGGUACAAUCUUGUGUGACGUAUCGCGCGGUGCCUACCGCCCCGUAGUGCCAAACGAGAUGAGACGAGAUGUUUUUGCCGCGUUGCACAAUCUAGCUCACCCUGGCAUCCGCACUACACAGCGCCUAGUCAGCGAGCGGUUCGUUUGGCCAAGCAUGAACACUGAUAUCCGCCAGUGGACCCGUUCAUGUUUGGCCUGUCAGAAGGCCAAAGUCGGACGGCACAACAAAGCCCCCAUUGGCACUUUUCUCGCACCCGACGCACGUUUUUCGCAUGUCCAUAUCGAUCUGGUAGGUCCCUUUCCAACAUCUCGUGGUUGCAACUACUUACUUACUGCGAUUGACCGAUUUACCCGUUGGCCCAUUGCAACUCCCAUACCUAACAUAACUGCCGAUACCGUUGCUCAUGAUUUUUUGGAACACUGGAUCUCUCAUUAUGGCGUCCCCUCAACUAUUACCGCCGAUCGAGGCAAACAAUUCGAGUCUAGACUUUUUGACAGCCUUAUCGAUCUUUUCGGAUGUUCUCGCAUAUGCACGACAGCAUACAACUCCUCAUCCAACGGCUUAGUCGAGCGUUUCCACCGGCAACUCAAAGCCUCGCUCCGAGCUCAUGAAAACCCUUCCCAUUGGAGCGAGCCUCUGCCUUUUGUCAUGCUCGGUAUCCGUACCGCACUUAAGUCCGACUUGGAGUGUUCCGCUGCCGAACUUGUCUACGGUACCACCCUACGGAUUCCCGGGGAUUUUUAUGGGCACUCUCAAAGCUCGGGCAACUUGGAUCCCAGCGAUUAUGUGCAAAGAUUGCGUCAAGCCAUGACUCAUCUUCGAGCCACUCCUCCACGUCCUUCAACAAGUAAGUCGUACGUCGACACGAACUUACUAACAUGCUCUGUCGUAUUUGUCCGCGUAGAUAGCGUUCGCCGGCCACUACAACAGCCAUAGGACGGCCCAUUUCGAGUGCUAUCGCGCAAGUACAAGCAAUUUACAAUUGACCGCGGAGGCCGCACCGACGUGGUCUCAAUCGAUCGCUUGAAGGCGGCUUAUACCGAGCCUUUUCCAACUUCUCCAACCGAAAAACCUCCACUUGGCACAUUGCGAAUUGCUAUUUCCCAGACUCCAUUUACGCCCAAUAACCCCGCGUUUUCCCUUAUCCAACAGACUCCUUCCCUUACGCGCAGCGGUCGUCAUGUCCGUUUUCCCGACCGUUACCAACAUGUACAAUAUGCAUAACACUCCCACAUUUUCCUUCUAUUAACAAUAAUUUUUUUAAAACUCCGUCUCCUAGAAGGGGAGUAUUGUAGUGACAUUUAAUUCCGUUUUGUUUUAAUCAAUUACAAUACGCUUUGACACAACUUUGAAGGAGAUAAAGAACACGCACGUGCACGUUUACCUGUUGACGACUUUGCUCUUAGUUACUAGUUUGUAACUGUUGGGAUACUGCUAUUUUCCUUGCCUGGAUAGCCUACUCGCUGUGCCCAACGAGUGGGUUUGUCUCUUACAAUGUCAUCGGUAAACAUUGCGACAUCGCAAUCCAGUUCGUUUCCGCAGACAUUGGCAUAUACGAGGAACAUUGUAAGGCCAAGAACAGAGCCUUGGGUAACACCACUGCGAACGGGAACCUCGGCAGAUUGCUGGUUACUGACGUGGACGGCUUGAAAGCGGCCGAGUAAAAAGCUUCGAAUCCACAUCAGAAACUUACCUCGCACUCCUGCAUGGCUGAGUUUGUAUAGAAGGCGGUGGUGAGGAACACUAUCGAAGGCCCUGUUAGAGUCGAUAUAGAUGGCAUGCACCAUAUCUCCUCUCUCAACAGCCCUAGUCCUGUGUUCCAGACAGUAGAGCAAGUUUGCACACAGGAUCGGCUUUUGUGGAAUCCAUGCUGGGAAUCGGAAAGCGAAUGUUUGAGUUGUUCACCAUGAUCUAACAGCAAAUGGAGGUGAGGCUGACAGGUAUGGAAUUGUUCGCUGAGGCCCGACUUCCGCCCUUGUACAGCAGCGUAAUCCCCGCUGACUUCCAGUCGGGUGGCAGCUAUCCGGCCUCGAAGGAUGUAUGGGAAGGCAUGGAGAGUGGCGUAGUCACCUAGUCGGCGACCUCCUUCAAAAUCUUCGCCGGAAUGUCAUGGGGACCUGAUGAUUUGGAUUCCUUUAGCCCCAGCAACUCUGUCAGAAGCAUACCCUCAGUGAACUGAACGGUCUCCAUAAUUGUGGUGUUUCCGAAGAAUUGAGGGGCCGAAGGAUUGAAUCCUGUUUCGCUUUUAAAAACAGACCGCAAAAAUUCUGGAAGGGAUCAGCUUUCGCUCUGUUUUCAGUGGGAUGUUGACCUUCAGAAGUGGUUAGCAGUGGUAUUGGGUCCUUGUACCGCGUGCACUGCCUUAUGUAACCGUAGAAUAAUUUAGGGUUCUUCGCUGCACGGUUAAGUAGAUCCGUUUGGAUGCCCUUCUAGUUUUGAGGAUACGGCCCUUGACUCGAUUUCCUUGAAUUUUGUACGCGCAUAUAGUGGUAGGGCUCCUGUCAGAAAGCGACUUUUUCCACAGCCUUCGUUUUUUAUUCACUUCAUUCUUCAAGGCUUGCGUAAGCCAUCGAGGACUGUUAGUUGACGUUUUCAGUGAAAGCGGACAGUGGGUUGCGAUCAACUCCUGCAGAAUUUCUCGGAACCGUUGCCAAUCUUCGGGUAUGCUUCCAACAAAUACGGACUCCUAAUCAAUGCGUGAAAUUUCAGGCAUCAUUUGGUCGAAACCCAAGCGCUAAAGGUUUUUUCUAACUGUCACGGGUUUUUCGGGCAUGGAAAAACCGAGUCAUCCCAUAUAAGAACGACGUGGUCACAUUUACCUAAGGGGGUAGGCAUGACAUCUCAUCAAUGCUGUCCUAUGAUUUCGUAAGAACAAGACCAAGGCAGUUGGCCUGUUUGCCCUUCGCGUACUCUAGUUGGUAACAAGACACGUUGAGUGAGAAAUAACUUCAGUGGCGUGUUCACAAAAACUUCUAUCGAAGGUCUGUUCUGAGCUUUUUGCAUGGGUCGAGCUCCAGUCAAUAUGGGGCACGCUAAAGUCGUCCAUAUCCGGCCGCGUAGCGAACCUUUCGAGCUACUCUAGCAGGCGAGCGUCGGUCAUGUUGUCCCGUCUCGGUGGUCGAUAAACUGUCAGGACCUUGAGGCUAGACGAGCCCGGCAUUUUAAUAGACAGCCGGAUUGCCUCCGAAGUACUUAUCGGUCUUGUCUGAUACAUUUAGCCCAUUUUCACAUACGUGAUCACACUUCCUCCCUGACGCCCUUCCACAUCCCUUCUAAACAUCUGGUAACGAGGCAAGGCCAACUCACGGUCGUCCACGUGUUGGUUCAACCAGGUUUCUGUUAAAAGUAUUUUGUCAAGGGAUAGAUCGCAGAGGUGAAUCUUCAUCUCGCCGAACUUUUACAGCAAACUCUGGACGUUGGUGUACAAUAAUUUGAAUUUUGGGCUGAUGGAAGAUGUGGUUACAUUUUGGUUAGCGCUUCACUUAAUAUGCUGGCUGCGCGGUCACUAUGCACUAUGAUUAUUUAAUAUCCCUCAGACUGUCUCACAUAGGAAUUCGCAAAGAAUUCGUUAAAACGAAUAUGUUUGAUUCGACUUCACUAUAUCUUUUUCCCCAAAUAUCUGGGCCACUCAUCUUGCUCGGGUAUUGGGCGAGAAUGAUGUAUACAUUGGUGUGGCCAAGCUGUCUCGGGAACCUUCCAAACAACAAGGGUUUGCAUAUCAUUCUAUACUAACCAUAUUUUACGCGGAGAAGGCAAGGAUGGGCUGCCACCUCAGACCGCCUCAAUUUGCAUCUACUCAUUCGCUUGCUUCUGUAGAGCAGGUUAUAUUAGUCGGACAAGUCGGCGGCUUUCCAAAAGAAUAGGAGAUCUCCUUCCCGCAUGACUCGCAAAGGGUGAAACUAGUCGAAUAGACAGCGCCAUCCUUGCGUUUUGCAGUGGACGCAGGGCAUCUUGUGGACCCCACUGAAGCAGCUCGUGUGCUUUACAAGGUCCCCUCAAGCUACUCAAGGUUACUGGGCCAGCACCUGUUAGCAGCAGCAGAAGCGGCCGCCAUACGGUUAUACAAACCGACCCUAUGUGCCCAAAAUAUAUUUGUUCAGGCUCCGCGCUUAUCGUGGUCAAAGGCUGCCUAACCACAUACAACGUUCUGUACCAUGCUGCUCUUGCCUAGUCUGUAAUUUUAAACCUAACUUUUAUCAAUUUUUGUUUCACUCGCUGUUCCCGGCCUAUGCAACUGCAUUGGCCUGAUGAGAAUUUAACGAAAGGAACGUUCGCUCGGAACUGUCUCUUCUAAACAUAAUUAUGGGGAUUUUCACAACUUUAUAGUCUGAACUGUCGAUUUGUACGCUACAUUAACCUCGGAUAACACAGGCACUUUAGCACUUUAGUGGGUGGGAUUGCCAAGUAUUCCGAGCAUUUAAGUGGGCAAAGAGAAACUUACCAAAUAGUUCAUUGCAAUGCUUACAUCAGGUCAGUGUUGCAAAAGUUCUACUCUUCACCUGUCGGUGAUAAUCAGCAAAAAAUCAUAAAAUAUACAACUACAUGAAAAUGCCACUUUUAUGGAGUUAAAUAUGACCAUCCUUUUCCCUAUACUCGACUCGCAACCUCAACUGUAUCCAGGUAACGCGACAACUUUGAAAUAUUACAACAUCCCAAUUAAUAUCUAUUAUUUUUGCCUGUCGGAAUGGUGUCAGAAAAUCAAGCUCCCAGAAGUGCCAUCUUAUAUCUUCGUGAAUAUUUCUUAACUAUACAUUUCCUGCUCAAAUCUCCCAUGUAUGAAACAGAACGUUGUCACUGCAGCCAAACGGCAAUGUGAUUACAUAUCUUCGCAUGACAAAAAGAAAAAAUCAUCACUAGGUUUUCGUUGAAAUUUAUCAGGUUUUUCCUGCGGCUUUACACUGCAAGCUACUAUAGCAAAAAUGCAAGUUGAGCACACUUUUCUAUGCAUCGAUUUCGGUGCAAAUGUUAAAAAAAUCUGCUGAGCGACCGCAAUUUGUAGAAAUUAAUAUGACUGACGCACUGUCGACGGCUCUGUUUUUGAGGUUUAUAGUCAAACGCCGACGCCUAUGCGAAGAAGUUAAGCACCGUCUAUUAGGUCAUGAAUUUCAGAGGACGAGCGGUUGUCUUUCGGUUUUGCUCUUGUCUUAUGCAGCUUUAAAUCAUAUUGGAAAUUAAUUGCAUUAGGAAGAGAAAUAUCAUAAGCCGAAGCCCGACAAAUUGAGACAUUUGGACACUGUUGGGAAUCCCAAGUCAAUGUUUAGGUAAAUUUAAUUAGCUGUAUCUUGCACAGAUGGCCUUCUAUCUGGUACACACUUGACGUUGUGUGCGAUAUGUCAACUACGGUACUGAUUACCUUACGUUUCGGAGACCAUAAUCCGGUCGCAAUUGUUGCCACGUUUAACGCGUUAUAUCGACUAGGGCUCUGAGUGACUGGUUAAACCUACAGGCUUCAUUUUUUCAUGUUUCGUUUUCUGGACCACUAAUCGCAUAAUUUGGGCCUUGUAAGCAACUUCUAUUACUGGCCGGAGCCUCAAUGUAUGAUCACUGAACCUCUGUCUGACCUUCGUGUGAGCACGUCGUCAGGACAUGUCUGUCAGGUUUUUCUUAAAUUGGAUAUUCAGAUCUCGCCUUGCUCUUUUUGUAUGCAAUGGCAACGGACUUUACAAACCUGAUUAAAGUUUAUUGACUCACUCAUGGAGUUCGCACUUAAAUAUCUUGGCUUAUUUUUUCGUUAAGACAAUGGGGUUUCAUGGUUUCUAGUGUUCGUCGUUCCAAUUUGGAAUUGUUAUCGGCUUCCUCAAAGACUAGUGUUAGGUUAUUUUCCAGUAUAAGCGCCUCAAUUAACCAUAUUUUGGAAUUUAUACUUUUAAAAGCAUGCAUUGCGUGUAUACGGUUAGCAAUAACAAUCUCUGAUUUUCAUAAAGUACAGAGUGUACUGUUUUCGUAAAUAAACAUUAUGCCCAUAAAGUAUGCAUAAAUGAGGUGCUUACAUAAGAAGCAGUAGUCAAAUACACUUAUGAAGACGUGUAAUGUAGUGCCACAGAGCACUGGAUAGCAAAUUUUCGAUCGAACUUAGUUUGACACGGCCCACAAUUUCAUUGCGCAAUCGUGAAUCCAGUAGUUCGGACGGUAUCAGCAGUCCACAUUAAUCGAUAAAUGCAAAAACACAGUGGGUUCUAGGACCUGUUUGACAAGCGGAAGACGAAUUUUCUUUUGAACGCAAAACGUGUGGUAUUGGAUAUGAGUUAUUCAUAGAUGAAAGGGUGCACUCAAUGUCAUGGCUUAAAAUGCUGAAUUGCCGAAAUGACUAAGUCAUAUCCGGAGGACGGAGAGUUGGGCUGCUGUGGCUCCUUUUUAAAGUGGUCAAUACAGAACUCUCACCCUGCUAGAAUUUGAGCCGCCACUCUGACAAAGAAGUAUUGAAGAGGACGAGAAUCCUCAGCAUCUACGCCAUACUGAGAUUGCUUCAACCCUGUAGGUCAUCGUCUUAACAAAUGCAGCAUCCGGAACAUACCAGCUGCUGUCCUCUUACCCAUCUAUGCUUCAUCAUUCAAGCCAACAAAUAACACUGACCGAAAACCCGAACUUCAUUAUCAUAUUUCUCCUCCACUCCCUCAGCAUUCGCUACGUCAACUCCAGUAUGCACGAACACUACGUACUAUCCUGAUACACAAACAAACGCCAAUCCUUCACCAACAACGGAAUUAUCUGGCGCUGUGGCCUGGAAGGGUGCUGAUUGGCCUCCUAAACCUGUCCAGGCAUUCUGCCCAUCUGUGUAUUGAAGAAGGAGACAAAAUCGCCGCUUCUAUUUCCAUUUGUGUAUGUUCAGCAAUGUUCUAGAGCAACCACCACCAAGCACAUAAUCACCGCCACACAACGCCAACGCCUAAUUGUCUACAACGUUUUUCCGAUGUCAAUUGACAUUCCGGGUACCCAAUGGACUUCUUAGACAGGACUGGAGCAACUCCAACACUCCGACCGCACCAAUUGUCCUCUCUUCGUCCACCUCUCCCUCGCCUCCCACACCGUCAAAGAACGUUGGCCACUCUUCGUAACCACAUAUACUCCUCCUCCUCCUUCUCCUCCACGACCCCCAAGGCUGCCGCUGUGGUUUCUGCCAUGCCAAUUAACACUACACACAAUCCUGACACGCCAACAAGCAUCAAUGCCGUCACCGUCAUCACUAAUGACGAGCGCCGGUCUAUACCUGUCCUUAAUGCGAUCGCACCUUCACUUCACACAUCGGCCUGGUCGGUCACUAACGAAUCUGUCAUACAGAAAGUGGUGAACCAGCACCCGAAGCACAGACUUUCACACGCCGCACCGACCUCCACUGUCCACAAUGCCCUCUCGUGUUCAUGCCCUGCAUGAACCUAUUCGACCACAUGCGUAAUACCUCCGAUAGCAUACCCACCACGCCUAGCCUCGCCAACACCCCGUCGCACAACGUGCCCGCCACCGCCAACUUCAACGUCACCAUCACCGAUGCUGAUACUGAUACCACAAACUUCUCGUGUCCGCGCUGUCCGCGUACAUUAAACUCACGCAUAGACCUGAUCGGUCAUUGA